UUAGUAGAAGAAGCAUUAAAGUUUUGCGAAAUUUUUGGUUUAUUUUAUUUACAUUAAAAAUGUCUUUCCAUUUGAGCACAAAGGAGCGUUUGCUUCUUUUAAUAGAUGACAUGGAGUUAAUAUCAAAGGAACUAAUAGAUAAUCUAUCGCCAAAACAUCAAAAAAUGUCAACUGCUGAGCAUACCGCAUUGGUUGACCUUUUAGUAGCAAAGGAUGAAGAGUUUCGCAAAAUGUUAGAUUUGGCUGAUGAGCAGGCAAAAUUGGAACAAAAAAUGGAUGACUUGAAAGCAAAAGUAGAUGUGCAGGAUCGUGAAAUACAAAAAUUGCAAAAGUCUCUCAAAGAGGCUGAACAUAUUUUAUCCACAGCAAUAUUUCAAGCCCGUCGGAAACUAGCCAGUAUUAAUCAAGCCAAUAAAAGACCUGUAUCGUCAGAGGAGUUGAUCAAGUAUGCACACCGUAUAAGUUCGGCAAAUGCGGUUAGCGCACCUUUGACAUGGUGUAUCGGCGAUGUUCGUCGUCCGUAUCCAACAGAUAUUGAGAUGCGAAAUGGAUUCCUGGGAAAAUCGGAUCUUAAUAUCAAUGGAGGCGGUGUCGCGCAUCAGAAUAGCAUGACUGAUAAUCAACGUAAUAUGAAUGAAGUACCAAAUGCUUUUCAAAAUCAAUUCAAUUGGACAAAUAUGGGUGAAUUACACAUGUCCAUGGGUUCUUCGGGUAAUUCGGUCGCAUUAGAAACGCGAUCACAUAAAGAGGCCUCACAAGAUGAUGUAGAAGUCAUGUCUACGGACAGUUCUAGUUCAAGUUCUAGUGAUUCUCAGUAAUUUUAAGAAAAUAUAUUAUUAUAAUACAAUUUAUUGAAUUUAAUUAACUUUUAUAUUAAAGACCUACAAACAAUUAAAA